UUGCUCUCUUGUUCCUUUCACUUCAUCACCAUCAACAUCGCCUCAUCACCAUCAACAUUCUCACCUGCUGCAGCAAAAUAGGAACAUUAAAGGCUUAGGAAGGAGGAAGAGGGAGAGAGGGAAACUGCUCUUAGUUCUAUUCCAUUCUACCCGGGUGCUUGAAAAUCCAUCGCCGAUAAUACCACCCCAUCAAUACCCUGACUCGAACAACCCACUCUCUUUCCCCAUCCACCCCCCUAAAAGGAGAGCACAUAGAAUUUCCUCUUCUCCAACCCUCUGGGUAGCUGCGUUUGUAUCAUAUUUUGGACUUCUCAGCCAAUUCUCCGACGCGACAAAGGUCCUCCAAAAAUAUCCAUCAUCCAUUGUUGCGUAGAAGAACACACCCCCAUCCCCUUCGAAACGAAGCAAAAUGGCGUACAGUGACGAUACUGUUCUGUCUAAACUCAGCGCUCUGAAUGAGACACAGGAGGGUAUAGUGACUGCAGCGAACUGGAUUUUAUUCCACAGGUAUGGAAUACGAAUAUCCACCCAUCCAUUCACCCAUCCAUAUGAGAAAUGAAAGGGAGAAGAAGAAAAAUAACGAGGAAAUAAGGGAGGGUAGCUAAUCGGGACUUUUCUACAACAGACGCAUGGCCAAGAGAACCGCCGAGCUAUGGUUGCAGAGGAUGAAGGAAUCCACAAGCCAUAAGAAGCUCAAUUUGAUUUAUCUCGCAAAUGGUGAGAAGCUACGACCCCAUGAAGUUUAUCUUUCCUGACGCUGAGUUUCUAACGUUAUCACGACGGCUAGAGGUGGUUCAACAAUCCAAGGCUAGAAAGAGACAAGACUUUCUCACCGCGUUCUCGCCGGUAAGAAUAUAUCUGCUGGUACAUUUCGCGGUCAUUUCACUUACUAAUAGGUGUCCUAGAUAAUUGCGGAAGCGACUGAAGUAGCGUACAGGAAUUCCACUCCGGACAUCCAGAACAAGAUUCGACGUGUGAUAGAGGUAUGGCGGCAACGUGCCAUUUUUGAACCAGAUGUACAAGGCAGUAUUGAACAACGUCUUGAUGGUAUGCGAUCCCGCUCGUGGAUUCCUCCUCCCCCCUUUUCUAUUCUUAUUCCAUUUUUCGAAACUAGAGCAUGCACUAACAACCUCAAGAUGUCGACAAAGGGAAGAGCAGCGCCAGCUCCGGUGCAACUGGUCGCAAACCACUUCUGGGUGGUGCCUUUGGAGGUUCUUUCGGAGGGGGGGGUGGCUCAAGUGCCCCAUUGGAAUUUACCCCCAUUCUCAACAGUCACAAGGGCCUUAUGUUAAAGAACUCCUCCGCUACAAUUGCAGUCAGUAGUGCCGGUUCCGAGUACCAAAAGCAAUUCGACUCCGACACUCUCCCGGUAGCUCCGGUUUACGCCGCUCGUCUCUCUUCUCUUCUCAAGACCCUCGACUCUGCUCAUAUCGCCGUCAAAGGUGCCAUCGAGGCGCGCGAGACCCACAUACGCAACCUUGAGCGCCUGCUCUCACAGAACAAGGCAUCCCUCGAGAAAGACAAGAACACACUCAAGGACAUAGUCGCCAAGCAUCAAAGGACCGAGACCACAAAGCAAGAAGUCGAAAUAAUGAUCCUGAAGGGUAUGGAUGAACCGCAGAACAGCCAAACCAACGGUGGUGGGGGAGGAGCGGCGGGAUCCUCAGCCGAGCAUGACGCCGCCUCACCAAAAUCUCCUGAGGUUGAAGCACUUACCCCUCCCGGUCAACCGGCUUAUGACAAUCCGAGGUCAUCCGCUUCGACAUCGGUCCUUCCUCCUCAAUUUCACCAGGGCGCCUCUGAAUUGCUUGCCAGUCUGGCCGCCCCGCUUUCUGGGGUUAAGAGGGAGAAGAGAGAUGAGCCGGAGGUCUUCGAGGGAUUGGAUGAUGAUGUUGCUGAUAUGUUCCGGAAUGAGCAGAUGGGUAGCCCCCCUAAACGGUCUAAGAUCGAAGAGGACGAUGAAUACCAUCCGUAACUCAGCCAAGCCCAUUCCACCCUAAUUCAUAAAACCAACGAUGCGAGGAACAGUGGGGGUGGAGCUGAACCCUGCUCAACACUUUGCUAUAUAGUUAUUUCUCUUUUUGCCAUUUCCUUUUCUUGUUUUCUUCUAGCCUUUUGUCCCCUACUCCCAAGACGGAAAAGAAAACCCUUAUACUUUAUUUCUUGUACUAUCCUUAUGAAACUACUAUGUCCUUUCCCGUUAUUCAUUUUCCCAUAGACACCUAUGGAUGCUUCACAUCCGCAGUCAGAAACCUGGUGGGCUCGACAUACUAUCUUGCGAACUACAGGAAGCUUUUGUUUCUGAGUGAUUGUACGUGAACUCAGCCAUCACGCUAUGGACAUAAGCUCCAUCAGGGUUUCGUUUAAGAUAUAAUAAUCCUGCUCUCUA